AUGUGCUGCUACAGAGGAUACUAUGGAGGCCUGGGCUAUGGCUGUGGUGGCCUAGGCUAUGGCUAUGGCUGUGGCUAUGGCUGUGGUUAUGGCUGUGGCUAUGGCUGUGGUUAUGGCUGUGGCUAUGGUGGCUAUGGUUAUGGCUGUUGCCGCCCACUGUGCUGUAGAAGAUACUGGUCCUAUGGCUUCUACUGA